GACGUUACAUAAAACGUACGGUGACACCGGAGCAACCGGAAGUAAACAAUGUCGCGGAGGGAAAGACCGAUAUAAGCGAAGUAUUUCUCGCAUAUCUUUCUAAAUAACAGUAUACUGCAUAUCGACAGCCCUAUCACGUGAUCUGAAACAGGUAAACAUUCUCACUACACUGCAGAGAGAAUGCCUCUACAAUGAGUUUACAACCAUGUCAGAUUAAUAACCACAGUUAAUCUAUUUCUUAUCACUUGCUAAUAAAUAAACAAUUAGACCCUCAACCUACACAGAAUCCUAAUUAAUCUCAGUCUUUACAAUAUUCUACAGAAAAUUACAGAAAUGGCCUCUAGUAGUUCUUUGAAUUGGAGUAAAAAAUUAAAUGAAAUUCCAAAAUUUACUAUUUUACAAAUUGCUGAUUAUAUAAAAGUAAGAGGAAAAAACAGGGCAUUUGAAAAAGGAUACAAUCUUUUUAUUGAAAGUUAUGUACAUGAUGCUUUUGUUUGUAAAACAGACAGUAAAUUUCUUGUCAAAGCAAAAUGUUGGUGAAGUCAGAAGAAAAAUGAAUUGCCACAUAUAUUAUCGGCAGAGAUAUGUUUAAAAGAAUCAAACGUUCUUGAUGGACAAUGCAGCUGUAUUGCUGGGUGAGUGAAAAUUAUGUACUUUUUUAAAUGAUUGAAACUUAAUUUGAUUUUUGUGUGUGAAUUAUUUUGUCUUGUAUUCCAUUAAAACUAUACUGAAGUUUUCAAACAAAUGUCACUAAAAGAAUAAUGAAUAUUAUCAAAUAAAUUCUCAUUAUAUGAUUUCAUAUAUGCUUUCAGAACCGGAGGAGUUUGCACCAUAUAAUUGCAUUGUUAUACAAUGUAAAUCACUGGAGUAGCAAGAGAAUGACAGAGAUCCCAGCAGAUAUGUCAUGUACAGAAGUGAGCCAAAUAUGGCAUAAGCCACGUGGGGACAAAAUUGAACCAGAACCAGUAAUGAAGCUCACCUUUGCCAAAGCAGCAACUGACAGACAGCUACGUAAAAGGGAACCUGUGAAAUGUUAUUUGUAUGACGGGCGUGCAAAAAAAAGUAAAGGAACUUUGGCACCAUCAAAAGAGGAGGUAGCUACUAUACAAGAAAUAGUUGGAGCACGCAACAGUAACAUUCCUAUAGUGUAUUUAACUAAAGACCACUCAACAACACACUCAACUGACACAUUAUUUGGAGAAGUUCCUACAGGUUCCCCACUCAGUUAUCAACUCCAAGACUAUCACAGCUCUAAGUCUGAAUUUUCAGCGUACAUUCUCAGCGAAGUUGAUAUUGUUUUGCAAGACAACCUUCGCUUCCCUGAUAUACCUGUACCAAAUUCAAGUCUUAACAUAGACUUAACUCAACUUGAUGAAACAAGCAAAACAUUCUUGCAAUCACUGGACGUAACUAAAGCCAGGUCUGAGGAGAUUGAACAAAUCACUAUCGAUCAGUCUCAGAAUAAACUAUGGCAUGAGAUGCGUAAAAAUAGACUUACAGCAUCAAAGUUUGGCGACGUUAUAAAUAGAAGAAGUGAACCAAGUGAAGCUUUUGUCAAAAAUUUAUUUACAUGCAAAGAUUUAUCAAGUGUAAAAUCAAUUUCACACGGCAGAGAUAAAGAAGAUACUGCACGAAAAUUGUACACUAAAAAAAUGAAAAACAAUUGUAAACAUAAUGUGUCAGUAUUUCGCACAGGACUCCUAAUAAAUCCAAGCUGUCCUUAUCUUGGAGCCUCCCCAGACGGCAAAGUUUUAGACAGGUCAUCUUAUGAUCACUUCGGGCUGUUGGAAAUUAAGUACCCAUAUAAAUAUAGAAAUACUACACCCGCGGAAGCAGCAAGAAAUACAGACUUCUGUCUUGAAAUAAGGGACGAGAAGCUGCAUUUAAAAAGGUAACAUAGUUACUUCUACCAAGUGACUGGACAGAUGGCAAUAGCCGGUGUAAAUUGGUGCGACUUUGUUGUUUUCACGAACAAAGGGCUAUUUG